UAUUAUUACAAUAUAAAAUUGUGUAACUACCAAGUAGGAGUGACUCAUUAGCAACAGCUACAGCAAAGUAGAUUUGUGACUUACAAUUUUGCUGACAUGAGACACAAGGACACAAAUAGAAUGAAAUUGAUUUCAGAUGAUAAAGUCAGUUUGACUAAGUAAAGGCUUACAUCUUAUGAUCAUCAUGGUUGUGAAAUUAAUGAUAAUACUGGCAACAAUUGGAUGCAAUAUCUGCAUUGUGUAUUGUGACUGGAACCAUGACAUGAGACUACAUGAUGAUUUGAUGGCGAACUAUAGUGUGACAAAUCGACCACACAAUAAAACAGAUGUCAUAUCAAGCUUAGCCAUUAACCAGCUCCUUGAGAUGGAUGAACGCAAACAGACACUUCUAAUAACAGUUUGGUUUCGUUUCUAUUGGACGGACAUUCGUCUCACUUGGAAUCCUGAUGCCUAUGGAGGUAUGACAGAGACCUAUUUGUCUGUUGAUGAAAUAUGGUUGCCAGAUAUCACAUUGUACAAUAAUGCAAAUGAUAAACGUUCAUCCAUUAAACAAUACAGUGAGGAUAUCCUUGUUAGGGUUGACCAUACUGGUGACAUACGAUGGUUAGUCCCCGGCAUCAUAAAGACAUCAUGUCAAAUAGACAUGAUGUUGUUCCCUUUUGACACUCAGCGCUGCCCAAUACAGUAUGGGUCAUGGACACUCAAUGGCAACCAACUAGACCUCUUAACGCAAGAUGACCAGGGGGACUUUGGAGUUUUUUUACAACACGGAGAAUGGGACCUCUUAGAGUUUCCAGCUAAAAGAAAUGUACUAAUUUAUAAUUGUUGCCCCGAGCCUUAUGUUGACUUGUCUUAUACAAUGGUGUUGAAACGUAAACCAUUGUUUUAUAUUUACAACUUGAUUAUCCCAUGUGGAUUGCUCCUGAUUGUGAGCAUCAUGGGAUUCCUAAUGCCAAUAGCAUCAGGAGCAAGAGCACCUCUGUCUAUCAUGGUACUGUUGUCAAUGACAGUACUCCAGUUGAAUGUUUCAUCCACUAUACCCAUACAGAGUGAGAAUACACCGCUUAUAAGUCAGUACAUUGGCUACAUCCUUCUCAUGAUGUCGCUCAAUGUGAUUCUCACCAUAGGGAGCCUCAAUAUCCAUUACAGAGGUCACUAUGGCAACAGAAUGUCACAAACCACAAGGAAAGUAAUGCUUGGAGUAUUGGGAAGGUUAGUUUGCAAGACAAUACCAAUAUCAAAAGCAGACAUGAAACACAAAGAAACUAAUGUGGUUAUCGCAAAUGAUGGAACAAUGGGGAAUUCAAGAAAUAUAGAAAACUUGAAAUUGUGUGGUAACAAAGGUAAUGAAAUUCCAAAUGUUGUUCAUAUGGAUGAUAACAUUGAAAUAACUGACAAAAAUCAAUAUGCACUAUCUAACAUCAACAAGCUAUUAAUCUUUGGACACCAAAACAAGAUUGAAAAAGUUAAACAUCAAGAUGAACAAAGAAAAAUCAGGGAAGAAUGGAUGAUGGUUGCCAUGGUAACAGAUCGCUUAUUUGCAUUAUUUUUCUUUUUUAUUUCAUUUGUAACAUUUCUCUCUAUCUUUCUGCAGUUAGUUUAAAGAGGUUAUUUCAUAAAUGCAUGGUCAAGGUUACAUAAAUACAUGAUGUUAGAGGAUGUGAAACAGUCCUGUUAUCAUUUAUAUUUGACUUCAGAUAUAUGUACCUCAAAAUGGAAAUAAAGUUUGUCCUGCACUGGUUUAAAAAGUAUAGCCAUACUCAGAGUGGGGAUGUAUGGCUUAACUUUGUCCCAACCAAUAUAUGCUAAAUAAAUAAAUUUCUAUCAAAGUUAAGGAAAACUUUUUCACAACCUCUAUCUGACGUUUUAUUCUCCAUGAGUCACAUUUCCAAAUAUCAUGCCAUCAUAAUUCAACAAUUAUUCAAUAAUCAGAUAUUUUAAGCAAAAUUGGUAGAAAUCAAUGUGAAUCAUCACUUAGCCUACUAUUACAAUACUGCAUUACUUUGUUUCGUGACAAAUUUAUAGAAUACAUUAAGGGACUAAACAUAACAACAUAACAUACCUACAUUAUUACAUACUCGUAAAAUCAAUGCUAAGUGAGAUUGAACCUCAACAACUCAAAUGGAAAAUUAUUUGGUAUUAUAUUUAGUAACCAUGUGAUUCCUAAUAUUUCAUUUUCAAUUUAAAUGUUUACAAAAAUUGGUCACAAAAAAGGCGGAUCAUCUUAAACUGGCUUCAAUGUAUAAAAGACUUUAAAUAAACACUUAUUUCUUUCAUUUAAGAAAUUGUUUAUUUAUUGAUGCUUUUACUGACCAAUGACCAAGCAAUCCUCAAAUAUUGUAUAUAAAAGGAGAAGGGUCUUUUGACACUGUUUCCUUGUAUGUUAGAUCAUUGGCUGGGAUUUUAUGGUUUGCUUUCUAGUAUUGGUUGUGAUUUUCAAUAUUAAUUUCCCUAACUGCUUUUCAAUAGAAUAUGACAAAAUAUUUUUUUCUGUUGAGGUGAACACCUGUGCAUUAUUAAUAGGGCACUUACAACAAGACAUUUAAGUAGCAACAAGGACUGCUGAGUUGUACCCAGUGAUCCAGGGCCUAUCGUAAAAUAAAAGCUUUGAAUGUGUUAUUGCCUUUAAAAAUGUAUCUAUUUUCCAUAUAUACAAAUUUUUAUAAAUGGGACUCUUUGUAUAGAAUAAGGAAUUUUAAAUAAUUUGUCAGUUCUACUGGUGGCACACCCAUAUAUUUUAUAAAAUAGGAACAAAGAAGAUGCUAAACCAUACGCCACCCUGAUAGCUCAGAAAAGGUAAAAUGUGUCAAUUUUUCUCUCAACAGUUCUUGUUGCCCUUUUAACAUGACAAAAUGUCACCACCUAGUUGCUUACAACAUAUGAGUUCAAUCUAAGUCAGAUUUGAACAUCUGAGAACUUGUAGAUGAUUUUAAAAAGAAAAAUUGGUAAAGUUGAAAAAAUACCUUUUUGACCUUUUUUUCCUUGAGAAGGCCAUUGAAGGUCAAGUCUUAAAUCUAAAGUCAGAUUCAUUGAAGGGCUAAAGUCAUAUUGGAACUUCUGAAAACUUGUAGAUGAUUUUGAAAAAAAAGACUUUUAUGAUCUUAUAAGGUCAUUGAAAGUCAGAUCUCAUAUAUAAAGUCGAAUUUGAACUUCAGAGAACUUGUAGUUGAUUUUGAAAAAAUGGUCAAUUUGAAGCAAGUUGAAAAAAUACAUUUUUGACCUUGAGAAGGUCAUUGAAGGUCA